UCUUGCUCCGGCCAACAUGUACCUCCCUUUAUUUUGGCUUGGAGUAUUCUUUCUCAUCUCAGGUGCUUAUAGUGUGAGGACAGUGGACAAGGUGGCUUCAAAGCCACAGCAGUCAAUCACUAUCCCCUGCUCGUACGACAACAACUAUAAACAGAAUCGCAUGUACCUGUGCAAAGGGAACGCGUGGCUUUCCUGCAACAUUAUUGCACACGACGGGGAAGAAAAGGAGAAUGUGGAGGUAACACAUCACCCAACCCAAAACAUCUUCACUGUGACCAUGAGAAACGUGCAGCCUACAGAUGCUGGCUCCUACUGGUGUGCUGUAGCGAUUGGUGGCAUUUGGACCGCGGAUGAAAAGGCACACUUUCACUUGUCAGUGACAGAAGAUCCUGAUCUGUCUGUGGAGAGAAGUGUAGUAUCUGGUGACGUAGGAGGCAACAUGAGUGUCCAGUGUCGCUAUAGUAACACGUACAGUAGCAAAAAGAAGAGUUGGUGCAGUUUCAAAGACCCAAAGUGUUCAUCGGUGGGGGGGUCAGUAGCACCUGCUGGCACAAAGUCCCAGAUCAGGGAUGAUGGGGCUGGAACUCUGAGUGUUGAGAUGAUGGGGGUGAAGGAGACUGACACAGGCUGGUACUGGUGUGAGGUGGGAGAUCUGCAGAUACCCGUUUACCUGAACAUCACACAACACGCUGCAAUUACCAUCCCAACCACAACUACAUGCAACUACAGUGGCUGUGUAAAGGAAUCUGCAACACCCACCUUUGAUGAGGGGACAGAAGGGACUGACCACCUGCCGAAGGGAGCAUUGAUCGGUGUGUCCGUGACAUUUGGACUGCUCUUGUUACUAACAAUCAUUGGAGUGCUAGCAUGGAGGGAGCAGAACAAACAAAAGGAAGAUUACUUGAAUAUAACACCUCAGGACCACCGACAAAAUGAGCACAGUGCCAGUUCUGAAGUUGAAUACAAUUCAGUUGUUUUCAAGAAAAGAAACAGCGAACGCCGUCUGCAUCAGUCCCACUGUCCUGCAGUAGAAGAUGAUCAUACAAUCUACAGCUCUGUUGUGAACAUCUAGAUGGAUGCAGUUAUCCUGAUGCCAUGUCUCUUUCCUGGAAGAGGAGGAUAAAGAAGAUGGACACCCGCAGAACCAAAUGUUUGACAGCAGCAUGUGUGAUUAUUGCCAGUUUGUGACUGCAGCUGUUUCAGCAUCCCUGCCCUCUAUCUUCAAACCCAGAUCCAAGUUCAAAGCCAUCUAUAGGGGGAAAAACAGAAUGAGCAUGUGGUGUAUAUGAAUAUUUUGGUUGUUUUAUUUUUGUUUGUAUUUUUAAGGAGCAGAAGACUCAAGGCGGUUAAGGUGGGAAAGUAGUGUCCAACUGUUGAAGCCAGUCUCUCUCACUCACUCACUCACUCACUCACACUCACUCACUCACUCACUCACUCACACACCCAACAAACACACACACACACACACACACACACACACACACACAUUUCUAUAUACAUAAGCAUUGUCCACUGGUGUCCCCGCAGGCAUAGGUCAUUUGAGCCAAAUUGGAGAAAUAGAUUCACAACCAUUCAGACUCAGGAGCUAAACAAGGCUGUUCUCUAUUCAGAGCCACAACUGCUGAGUGAAAUGAAGAAGAAGGAAAGGGGAGUGAGAGUGAGAGUUGAUGGCCGCAUGUGUGCAUCAGUCAGGCUCACUCGGCUACUGAUCAGUCAGUGCCAAGCAGAGAGUGCAGGUGUGCACACGUGAAAAAUAACAGGCCAGAGUCCAUUUUACAGCCAAUGUGCGAUUGGUUUUGACAGCCUUCCCCUUCUGCUAUCAUCCUCAUCCAUACACAUGAAUGGACACUUCAGCUACACGUGUUCACUGGCACAGAACCUUCUCUGUGUACAAAAAGGGCUCUUUUAUGCAUGUUAAGCACUGUCAAAUGAAUUAUUUUUCAUUUAAUGUCCAAAUGUAUUGGCAGAUGUGCAAACGAUCUGAGAGAGAGAGAGAGAGAAAGAGAGAUGAUCAAGGCUUAUAAUUAGUGUCUGUUGAAGUAUUUUGCGUCUGUAUAGCAUGAAAUAAUGUAUUUGUCUAUUCAUAUUAAUGUCGCAUUUUCAUAAAAUAUUACAAGAAAUAGAAGUAUGGUUGAAUAUAUUAUAUAAAGACAAACCGUAAAUGUAUAAAUAAAUACAUUUCUGAGGGGCGGACGUUUUAGUAUCAGAUGUUGAAAGGUCAUAGCUGUUCAGGUUAUAUAGAAACGUUCACUAUCAUAACACAUGGCAAUAUAGACAGAAAUUACAUGAAGUAUGCAACACCCCUGUGUAACCUUGCUCUUUUCACCGGUGCUGCCAGGGAGUUGGCGCAGUGGAUUAUAUUGAUAUGAAAAAAAAUAAUGCCAGUAAUAAAUAUGGUAAUACAAUUCUGCAAUUCUCCAAUUAUGAUAUCAAAUUCUACAUUCUAAUAAACGACAAUACAAUUGCG